AUGGCUAAUAAGAUUUAUAAUGGCGAGAAUUUCAAACACAUUACGGGUGACGAAGACGAAAAUAAUGAAGACCUUCUGGAUAUCGACGAGGAUCAUCUAAUAAUCGCAGAGGAGGAGACGAGCAACAAGGCUUCUAAGAUCGAAGGAGACGUGUCUCCGGAUGAGGAUUGCCAAGGCACUGGAGGAGGUCUUGCUGUUCUGAUGGCCGCUAUUGACUCUUUCAAAACAGCAAAUGGAUGUAUUUCCGACGAUCCUAUUACCCCAGAGCCCGAAGAACCCGCAGCUGAUUAUGCGGGAGAGAGUCCAUUUGCAGAACCAAGCUAUCCCCCUUACAAUGUUAUAGCCACUGAACGUUUUUCACAUCCUUCUGAAGAAAUAUCCCUAGUGUCACGGCUGAUCCGGUUUUACAACCAGAAUAUCGUUUACCAGGCGUAUUCGCCGCCCUCGAUCCCCGGAUUGCAUGCCUGCAAUUGCUGCCGCCGACACAACCGCAUCCUGCUGAACUACUUCGGGUUCGAUAUGGUCGAAGUGGCCUGCACCCUGCUGAACUCGGCAGCUGCUCAAAUGGAACCCCCUGUAAUCGUGGACGACGCUACGGUGCAAUCCAUAGCUUGCGGUCUGUCCGCGGCCAUGGACUUCACGGCCAAGGAGGGGACUCCCCUGAUCGGACGCCAGGGCGUCGGUCGCCUGGUGGCCUCCAUUAUCGUGGACAGGGAAUCGGGCGUCCUUAUGGCUUACGCCGUGGCCCAGUUGGUGCCCCAGGCUUUGAUCGAUGACAACACCGGCGACAUUGUUGGCAUGAUGCUCCAUCAGGUAACUCGUGGAUUCGGCAUCAACGAAAACUGCCGUAUCAUCAUCACCGAAAACACUGGACCCGUUCUCUUAGAGGUGAACCAAAUUCCAAACGAAUAG